AAAAUUUUUUUUUUUUUUUUUUUUUUUUUUUUUAAUGAUAUCUUAGUGUAUGGUAAGGAUGUGACAUCACAUGAGCAUCAUUUGGAGGAAGUGUUCAUCGCUUUAGAAAGGCAUUAGUUGAGCGCAAACAAAAAGAAAUGCCUGUUUGCUCAACCACGGAUAGCAUACUUCCUCUUGAAAGUUCUCUCCCUUCAUUGAUUGAUCUCGUUCCCACUGAAAGAGAAGAGAAGGUUCCCUCUACUUCAAGGGGAAUCGAAGAAGGCACUGAAAGAGAGAGUGAAACUGGGGCAAGAAGAACUGAAGGCUCAAAAGAUUCAAUGAUUGCUGUUGGUAGCCGGUCGAUAAGCAGUAGCUACAGGAUGAGAGCUAAGCUUGCCAGCUGCCAACCAAGCCAAGGAACUUCGGGGUUUCUUGGGAUUAAUAGGCUAUUACAGGAGAUUUGUGGAAGGUUAUGGCACCAUCUUUUGGCCUCUCACCCAACAGUUAAAGAAAGAUUCCUUUGGCUGGAACGAUGAAGCGGAGGAGGCAUUUGAACGGUUAAAGCUGGCUAUGAUCACGGUCCCAAUUUUAGCUCUCCCUGACUUCUCGAAACCCUUCAUCAUUGAGACAGAUGCUUCGAGUUGUGGGGUAGGGGCAGUACUCAUGCAGGACCAUCAGCUUAUUGCAUUUUAUAGCCAAGUGUAACGACCCGGGUCUCUGUACCCAAGCCGUUAGCCUACGUACUGUCCGCUUUGGGUGGGCCCUGCGCUCACUUACCCCUCACGGCUUUCUGUCGCGUCCCCCAGAAUUCGAACUCAUAACCUUUCCCUUAAGCAAUACUGGGACAAGUAUUGUUUAAGGGAAAGAUUAUGAGUUCUCAAGUUAAGUAUUGCUUAAGGGAAAGGUUAUGAGUUCGAAUCUUGGGGGACGCGACAGAAAGCCGUGAGGGGUAAGUGGGCGCAGGGCCCACCCAAAACGGACAGUACGUAGGCUAACGACUUUGGUACAAAGACCCGGGUCGUUACACUAAGCACCGUCAACAAAGUCUCGGUAGAAGUCCAUCUACGAGAGGGAGUUGAUGGCCGUUGUGUUAGCAAUUCAGAAAUGGAGACACUAUGUAUUAGGAAGGAAGUUUGUCGUUCGCAUAGGCCAACGCAGCCUUAAAUACCUCCUGGAAUAAAGUGAUACCAGGGGACUUCCAGCGUUGGGUGACCAAGCUGUUGGGAUUCGAUUUCGAGAUCCAAUACCAGCCGGAUUGGAAAAUAAGGCAGCUGAUGCACCAUCACACAUUCCCACUCCUAUUGAACUGAGGACACUCACCUUCUCCAAGCUGUUGGAUGCACAGUUGAUUGAGACUGAAGUGGAAAAUGAUCCAUUGUUAUCCAAAAUCAAGAAGGACUUGCAGGGGGAACCGGAUGCACACCCGCGUUACUGAAUCCUUUAGGGGAAGUUGCUAUACAAAGGGCGACUGGUAAUCUCUCGGACUUCAGCCUUAAUUCCCUCCCUGCUACACCAGUUCCACAGUAGCACGUUGGGAGGCCAUUCCGGGUUUCUUUGCACUUUAAGCGACUGACCGGCAGCUUGUGCUGGACGGCGAUGAAGGCGGAUAUCAAGAAGUUUGUUGCGGAAUGUCCAGUGUGCCAGCGAAAUAAGAUCAUGGCUCUAUCUCCGGCAGGGUUAUUACAGCCUCUACCGAUUCCCCACCUCAUUUGGGAUAACAUUUCAAUGGGUUUUGUGGAAGGACUACAAAUCGGGAGGGUACAAUACCAUUCUAGUCGUGGUGGAUCGUUUAAGCAAGUACGCACAUUUUGUGCCCCUUAAACACCUCUUUACAGCAGCUGGGGUCGCAACAGUUUUCGUCAAAGAAAUUGUACGCCUCCACGGAAUUCCCAGUUCCAUUAUUUCAGACAAGGACAAGGUGUUCUUAAGCCAUUUUUGGACAGCUCUUUCGGAUGCAAGAUACUUUCCUUCGACGAAGCACGGCCUAUCACCCUCAAUCCGAUAGGCAAAUUGAAGUAAUUAAUAGAUGCCUGGAAACUUAUCUUCGCUGCUUCACGUACGAUCAGCCCAAACGGUGGUAACCAUCGCUCCCAUGGGCUGAGUAUUGGUAUAAUACAACGUUUCACUCUUCAACAAAUACAACGCCCUUUUGGGCAAUAUAUGGUCGGGACCCCCCUCCAUUAAUUCGCUAUGGCAAUCAAGUUACAGCUGUAGCGACGGUGGAACAGCAGUUAAAAGACCGGGAUCUUCUCCUCCGUGCUCAAGAAAGGAUGAAAAAAGAGGCGGACAAGCACAGACGUGAUGUUCAGCUGGUGGUUGGGGACUUGGUUUAUGUUAAGCUGCGGCCUUGCCGCCUUCGUUCAUUGGCCAGGAAGGAGAAUGAAAAAUUGGGGCCUAAGUAUUUUGGUCCGUUUGAGGUAGAAAAUCGUAUAGGGCCAGUUGCAUAUCGUCUGAAAUUGCCUCCUGAAUCUACAAUACAUCCUGUCUUCCACGUGUCACAGCUGAAGAAGGCAGUGGGGGCAACUGAGGCAAGCCAACUAUUUCCAUCUCAGAUUGAGGCGAACCUUGAAUGGGUUGUGGAGCCUGGGCUAGUCUUGGAAGAACGUCCUGGUGAAGAAAUUCUGAUAAAAUAGAAGGGUCUACCUACGACCGACGCAACCUGGGGAAUCAGCAGAAGCUAUCCUCAAACACUUUCCAAGUUUCCACCUUGAGGACAAGGUGUCUUGGAAGCCCGGGAGUACUGAUAAGCCACCGAUACACUUCACCUAUUCUAGAAGGAUCAAGAAGGGAGGGAAAACAGAAUCUGUUGGAAAGCAUGUGCUGGGGGAGAAACAGUUAGGAAAUUAGCUAUAAAUAGAGGUAGAAGCUAGUAGAGAAGGCAGGCAAUUAACAAGUGAGGAAAGAGGUCGAGUAUUAGUUCCGUUUAUGUAAUUCUCUUCAGUUCUUCAAUAAAAGAUCUAUUUUAAUAUCUCACUCAAUUCUUCUAUAGUUUGAAUCCUAUCAUAUACUUAGUCCCCAUCUUAUCGCCCAAGUAGCAAGUUGAUCCCCACCAGGAGUGUGUUGCUCUUCAAUCUUUCACUAUAUUUGCAUAAUGACGAAGGAAUUUUUUUCAAUCUCCGUUAACCAUCACGUGGUUUUCAUAUAUCUAACUUCAUGAAGAUAUAUUAUAUUUUCCAACUUGGUCUGGUUAGCAAAAAUUUGAAGUGAGAUAUGUUUCCAUGAGGUAGCAACAUGAUGGUUUAAUGGAGAUGACCUCUUUUAUUGGAAACAAAUUAUGCAAUUAUAUUGUAAGGUUGAGAAUGAAUUUGUCCCUUUUGAAAGGUUGGGACAAACUUGCUAAUUAGGCAAUAAGUUUGGAACCAACGAUGUGAGUUCCCCCCUUCCCCUUUAAGAAUGAUAAAAGAAUAAGUAAUGCGCCAUUUCAUCCUUUGGCUUUUACAUCCCUCUCUUUUUGACUCUGUUUCAAUUUUCUUCUUGUU